AGAAUUGGAAGCUAAAGCUACCAAAGACGUAGAGAGAAAUCUUAGCAGGGAUUUAGUGCAAGAAGAAGAACAGUUGAUGGAAGAAAAGAAAAAGAAAAAAGACGACAAGAAAAAGAAGGAAGCUGCUCAAAAGAAGGCCACUGAACAAAAAAUCAAAGUGCCAGAACAGAUAAAGCCCAGUGUAAGCCAGCCUCAGCCUGCCAACUCUGAUAACGGCACUUCCACAGCAACCAGCACUAAUAAUAAUGCCAAGCGAGCUACAGCCAGCAAUCAGCAGCCGCCGCCGCAGCAACAGCAGCAGCAGCAGCAGCAGCAGCAGCAGCAGCAGCAGCAGGAGCAGCAACAGCAGCCACAGGCCUUGCCUCGGUAUCCUCGUGAAGUACCUCCACGAUUUCGCCACCAGGAACACAAACAGCUUCUAAAGAGGGGUCAGCAUUUUCCAGUCAUAGCAGCAAACCUGGGAUCUGCUGUUAAGGUGUUAAACAGCCAAUCAGAAAGCAGUGCUGUAACAAAUCAACAGCCACAAAAUAACGGAGAGGUGCAGAACAGCAAAAACCAGUCAGAUAUAAAUCAUAAUACUUCAGGAUCCCAUUAUGAAAAUUGCCAGCGGGGACCUGUGUCUUCUACAAGUGACUGUAGCACAAGCUGUAAGAAUGCUGUAAAGGACUUGUUGGAAAAAGAAGCAUGGCCCUCAGUCCCUGGCAGUGACCCUGAGUUGGCUUCAGAAUGUAUGGAUGCUGAUUCUGCCUCCAGUUCUGAGUCAGAGAGAAACAUCACUGUCAUGGCUUCAGGGAACACAGGUGGUGAAAAAGAUGGCCUUCGGAAUAGCACUGGACUCAGUUCUCAAAGCAAGUUUGUGGUUGGUAGCAGCAGCAAUAAUGUAGGCCAUGGAAGUAGUACUGGGCCAUGGGGCUUCCCCCAUGGAGCCAUAAUAAGCACAUGUCAGGUCUCUGUGGAUGCUCCUGAAAGCAAAUCAGAAAGUAGUAACAAUAGAAUGAAUGCUUGGGGCACUGUAAGUUCUUCAUCAAAUGGAGGGUUAAAUCCAAGCACUUUGAAUUCAGCUAGCAACCAUGGUGCCUGGCCAGUAUUAGAAAACAAUGGACUUGCCCUAAAAGGGCCUGUAGGGAGUGGGAGUUCUGGCAUCAAUAUUCAGUGUAGUACCAUAGGCCAGAUGCCUAACAAUCAGAGUAUCAACUCUAAAGUCAGUGGCUCUUCUACCCAUGGUACCUGGGGCAGCCUUCAGGAAACUUGUGACCCUGAAGUAAGUGGUACACAGAAGGUUUCGUUCAGUGGUCAACCUCAGAAUAUCACCACUGAAACAACUGGACCAAAUAACACUACUAACUUUAUGACCUCUAGUUUACCAAACUCCGGUUCAGUACAGAAUAAUGAACUGCCUACUAGUAAUCCAGGGGCCUGGCGUGUGAGCACAAUGAAUCAUCCUCAGAUACAGGCUCCGUCAGUUAUGAAUGGCACUUCCCUUUCUCACCUUAGCAAUGGAGAGUCAAAAACUGGAGGCUCCUACGGUACUACAUGGGGUGCCUAUGGUUCUAAUUACUCUGGCGACAAAUGUGCAGGCCCUAAUGGCCAAGCCAAUGGUGACACUGUGAAUGCAACUCUAAUGCAGCCUGGCAUAAAUGGGCCUAUGGGCACUAACUUUCAAAUUAACACAAAUAAAGGGGGAGGUGUAUGGGAGCCUGGGACAACAAAUUCCCAGAGUUCACCAUGGGGAAGUGGAAAUGGUGCGAAUUCUGGAGGAAGUCGAAGAGGAUGGGGAAGUCCUGCACAGAACACUGGCACUAGUCUACCCAGUGUUGAAUGGAACAAACUGCCUAGCAAUCAGCAUUCCAAUGAUAGUGCAAAUGGCAAUGGUAAGAAGUUUACAAAUGGAUGGAAAUCUACUGAGGAAGAGGAUCAGGGUUCUGCCACGUCUCAGACAAAUGAGCAAAACAGUGUGUGGGCCAAAACAGGAGGCACAGUGGAGAGUGAUGGUAGUACCGAGAGCACUGGACGCCUUGAUGAAAAAGUAACUGGGGAAAGUCAGAGUAGAGAUAGAAGAAAAAUUGAUCAGCACACAUUACUCCAAAGCAUUGUAAACAGAACUGACUUAGAUCCACGUGUCCUAUCCAACUCUGGUUGGGGACAGACUCCUAUUAAGCAGAAUACUGCCUGGGAUACAGAGACAUCACCAAGAGGGGAAAGAAAGACUGACAAUGGGACAGAGGCCUGGGGAAGCUCUGCAACACAGACUUUUAACUCAGGGGCAUGUAUAGAUAAGACUAGCCCUAAUAGUAAUGAUACCUCAUCUGUAUCAGGGUGGGGUGAUCCCAAACCUACUCUGAGGUGGGGAGAUUCCAAAGGCUCAAACUGCCAGGGGGGGUGGGAAGAUGAUUCUGCUGCUACAGGAAUGAUCAAGAGCAAUCAGUGGGGGAAUUGCAAAGAAGAGAAGUCUGCAUGGAAUGAUUCGCAAAAGAACAAACAAGGGUGGGGUGAUGGACAAAAGUCAAACCAAGGUUGGUCCAUUUCUGCCAGUGAUAACUGGGGAGAAACUUCCAGGAGUAACCAUUGGGGUGAGACUAAUAAGAAAUCCAGCUCAGGAGGUAGUGACAGUGACAGGUCCAUUUCUGGUUGGAAUGAACUUGGUAAAACUAGUUCUUUUACUUGGGGAAAUAAUAUAAAUCCAAAUAAUUCAUCAGGAUGGGAUGACUCUUCUAAACCUAAUUCUUCCCAGGGAUGGGGAGACCCUCCAAAGUGUAAUCAGUCUCUCGGUUGGGGAGAUUCAUCAAAACCAGUUAGUUCUCCAGAUUGGAACAAGCAACAAGACAUUGUUGGAUCGUGGGGAAUCCCACCAGCCACUGGCAAGCCUCCUGGUACAGGCUGGCUAGGAGGACCUAUUCCAGCUCCAACAAAGGAGGAAGAACCCACAGGCUGGGAGGAGCCAUCCCCAGAAUCUAUACGACGAAAAAUGGAGAUUGACGAUGGAACUUCAGCUUGGGGAGAUCCGAGCAAAUACAACUACAAAAAUGUGAACAUGUGGAAUAAAAACAUCCCAGAUGGCAGCAGCCGCUCAGACCAGCAAGCACAGAUGCAUCGGUUGCUGCCAUCUGCAAACACUGUCUCAAGCAAGGAGGCAAGCAGUGGCUCUGGCUGGGGUGAGCCCUGGGGAGAGCCUUCUACUCCUGCCACGACUGUGGAUAAUGGUACUUCAGCCUGGGGUAAACCCACAGACAGUGGUCCCAGCUGGGGAGAACCCAUUAGUGCGGCAUCCAACACAUCCACCUGGGGCUCCAGCUCUGUUGGUCCACAGUCAUUAAGCAAAUCUGGGCCCAAAUCUAUGCAAGAUGGCUGGUGUGGUGAUGAUAUGCCAUUGCCUGGAAGUCGCCCCACUGGCUGGGAAGAGGAGGAGGAUGUGGAGAUUGGAAUGUGGAACAGUAACUCAUCUCAAGAGCUUAACUCAUCUUUAAAUUGGCCACCAUAUACCAAGAAAAUGUCAUCAAAGGGUCUGAGUGGCAAAAAAAGGAGAAGGGAAAGGGCAAUGAUGAAAGGUGGAAACAAACAAGAAGACGCAUGGAUAAAUCCAUUUGUUAAAUAGUUUUCAAAUAUCAGUUUUUCGAGAGACUCACCAGAAGAAAAUGUACAGAGCAAUAAGAUGGAUCUUUCUGGAGGAAUGUUACAAGACAAGCGAAUGGAGAUAGAUAAACAUAGCCUAAAUAUUGGUGAUUACAAUCGCACGGUCGGGAAAGGUCCUGGUUCUCGGCCUCAGAUUUCCAAAGAGUCUUCCAUGGAGCGCAAUCCUUACUUUGAUAAGAAUGGCAAUCCUAGUAUGUUUGGUGUUGGAAACACAGCAGCACAACCCCGGGGCAUGCAGCAGCCUCCAGCACAACCUCUCAGUUCAUCUCAGCCUAAUCUCCGUGCUCAAGUGCCUCCUCCAUUACUCUCCCCUCAGGUUCCAGUUUCAUUGCUGAAGUAUGCACCAAACAACGGUGGCCUGAACCCGCUCUUUGGCCCUCAACAGGUAGCCAUGCUGAACCAGCUAUCCCAACUAAACCAGCUUUCUCAGAUCUCCCAGUUACAGCGAUUGUUAGCUCAGCAGCAGAGGGUGCAGCAGAGUCAGAGAAGUGUGCCUUCUGCUAACAGACAGCAGCAAGAUCAGCAGGGUCGACCUCUUAGUGUACAGCAGCAGAUGAUGCAACAGUCUCGUCAACUUGAUCCAAGCCUGCUGGUGAAGCAGCAGACUCCGCCUUCUCAGCAGCCGCUUCAUCAGCCAGCCAUGAAGUCCUUCCUUGAUAAUGUCAUGCCCCACACUACACCCGAGCUGCAGAAAGGGCCAUCGCCAGUAAAUGCUUUCAGCAACUUUCCUAUAGGCUUGAACUCAAACUUGAAUGUAAAUAUGGACAUGAACAGUAUUAAAGAGCCACAGUCAAGACUAAGGAAGUGGACUACAGUGGACAGCAUUUCUGUGAACACAUCUUUGGAUCAAAACUCCAGCAAACAUGGUGCUAUUUCAAGUGGUUUUAGGCUGGAAGAAACUCCAUUUGUUCCCUAUGACUUUAUGAAUAGCAGUACUUCACCAGCCAGUCCUCCAGGUUCAAUAGGAGAUGGCUGGCCACGUGCCAAAUCGCCUAACGGCUCUAGCAGUGUUAACUGGCCACCAGAAUUUCGCCCUGGUGAACCAUGGAAAGGUUAUCCAAACAUUGACCCUGAAACUGACCCUUACGUCACUCCUGGCAGUGUCAUAAACAGUCUUUCAAUUAAUACUGUGCGGGAAGUUGAUCACCUCAGGGACAGGAACAGUGGGUCAUCCUCAUCCUUGAACACCACGCUGCCUUCAACUAGUGCCUGGUCAUCCAUUCGUGCCUCCAACUACAAUGUUCCCCUCAGCAGUACAGCACAAAGCACUUCAGCCAGAAAUAGUGAUUCCAAAUUGACGUGGUCUCCUGGUUCAGUUACAAACACCUCUCUGGCUCAUGAGCUGUGGAAAGUCCCUUUGCCACCUAAAAACAUCACUGCUCCGUCCCGCCCACCUCCAGGGCUGACUGGUCAGAAGCCACCCUUGUCUACGUGGGAUAAUUCUCCCCUUCGUGUAGGUGGAGGAUGGGGAAAUUCUGAUGCCAGAUAUACCCCAGGUUCCAGCUGGGGAGAGAGCAGCUCAGGGAGAAUAACGAAUUGGCUUGUUUUGAAAAACCUCACACCUCAGAUUGAUGGCUCAACUCUGCGCACCCUGUGCAUGCAGCAUGGCCCACUGAUUACAUUCCAUCUGAACCUCCAACAUGGAAAUGCUCUGGUCCGUUACAGUUCAAAAGAAGAGGUAGUGAAGGCACAAAAGUCUCUGCACAUGUGUGUGCUGGGGAACACUACUAUUCUCGCUGAGUUUGCCAGUGAAGAGGAGAUCAGUCGCUUCUUUGCACAAAGUCAGUCUCUGACCCCUUCUCCUGGCUGGCAGUCUCUUGGGACCAGCCAGAGCCGGCUAGGCUCCCUUGACUGUUCCCACUCAUUCUCCAGCCGGACCGAUCUCAAUCACUGGAAUGGUGCUGGGCUGUCGGGAACUAACUGUGGAGACCUUCACGGCACUUCCCUCUGGGGGACCCCACAUUAUUCCACAAGCCUGUGGGGUCCCCCAAGCAGCAGCGACCCCCGGGGAAUUAGCAGCCCAUCCCCUAUUAAUGCUUUUCUUUCUGUUGACCACCUGGGUGGGGGUGGAGAGUCCAUGUAACCACAUAGGUAUAGACGCAAACUGUGACCUCAAGAUGAGAAGGAAAGGAGCACUAAGUUGGGCUCGCCGCCUGCAGCAGGGCCACCUGUGGGAACAGCUAUUUCUGCACAUUUUCCACUUUGUUUUCCCCAGAACAUAUCAGUUUGAAUACUUGAAUCAUGCAGGCCAAUAUUAUAAUGUGAAAGGGUAUCUAUCUAUUUACACUCCCAAAUAGCGCCAUACAGCUAACCGUGUGGAAUGAGCUCACUUGUGUAUUCAUCAUGUUUAGCCUUCGGAUUCCUUCUUUCCUUCAUUUCCAUCCCCCAUCCCCACCUUUUAUUUUUAUUUGUAUUUUUUUGCAAAACCAGUUUUUGGGCUGAUGUAUGAGCUUUUACCUUUGCACUGAGUGAUGUUCUCUCCGUCUAAUCGGCAAUAUGGGGGGGGCAGCUGUUCCAGUGUAAAUGUUUACUCAAGGAUGUUCUUAAAGGCGAGCACUCUCUACUAUGCCUCAUGUUGCCUACCUUAUUGUGGUAUCGUGGAGUUUAAAAGAUCAAGUUAAGAUACUGACGUAGGAUUCUUAAUGAAAGUAUUGCACCAGUUUUUUCAUGUUGUAAAACUAAAGAAUUUUCGCUCUACAGUUUGAGAAACUGUGGCCACCGCUGUGACCUGCAGCCCGCCUGCUGCCCAGGACGGGCCCUGCACUUUGAACAGGCUUUCCAUGUUGUUUUGGAGGUUCCCACGGUGAACCUUCUUGUUUACAGAUUUUUUGUUUGUUUUUUGAGAAAAAAAAAAUGUUUACUCUUCCAUCAUUUAAAAAAAAUUUAAAAGACAAAAAAAAAAGAGGAGGGUGGUUUAAAAGAAGCUUUCUAUCUCUGGGAAAAAGAGCAGCAUUUGGCCAUGUUCUUCUGUUUUCUACCCCUGUCCUAAAUCAAAGAGCAUGGUUCUCAGGAAACCAGUUCCCCGUCAAAAAAAAUCUUGUAGUUUCUUAUAGGAAAAAGAAAACCCCAACUUUUAGCACUGAUAUUACGUAUUGCUCUGUUCAAGAAUUUUCUCUGCCAAAAAAAAGAAAAAAAAGAAAAAAAGAAGAAAAAAAAAAAAAACGCUUUGAGCUGGAGUUGCCGUCUGCUUUCAGAUGCUGUCCUUUAUUAGUGAGUGAUGAUGGUUUGCUGAUAAUCGAUCGCUAGGUGACUUUUUGUAACCCCAUCAGUGGCUCUCAUGUCUCUGCUCUCUUGUGACCGUGUUCAUGUUUAACUGUUGUACCUUAAAGCCGAGAUCAGUAACUAUGCAUACUGUAACCAAGACAUUGGGCUUACAGAGUUGUUUGUUGUAUAAAAAAAAAAAUUUUAAAUGUUGUUGCAAACUAACGAGUUACACCAUUUUAAAAUUUCUUUCCUCCCCAGCUCCUGUUUUUUUGCCCACAAAUGGUAUUAUAAUGCUUGCUUAGUCAAAGAAGAGAGACUAAACAAGGGUAAACUUUUAACAGUACAGAAUAUGCCAUCAUUUCAUUGCCUUGAUUCUAACUGUUUGUGUCCUAAGAUGCAAAAGAGGUCAGUGGCUUUUAACUGUUUACAAAUAGGAUGUGAUUGUAAAUGUACAGUUUGGUUGUGUUUGAAUUAUGAAAUCUUCAGAUAAUAAACCAUGACUUUUUUGGCUGCUCAACAUUAA